GACAGCUCUGCGGAAGUGGGAGCAGGUACCUGUCAAAUUCAGGUACCCGUUCCCCCUCCCUCCCCAAAGUUGUUCCCCCCUCCCCGUAGUCUUCUGGGACUUAUGACAGGUCCCAGAAGACUACGGGGCCAUUCACAAAGUGCAGCGGUUCUUGCGCAUGUGCAGUGGGCACCCGGCUGUGAAGCCGCAAGCUGUCACAGCCGGGUGCCCACACUGAAGAUGCCGGUGCUGGGGAGAGAAGACAGCUAGUGAAACCAGCUG